AUGUCCCAGGACCGAGCCGGCAAAGGCUCCCCGAGCCCUGAGGAUACUCCUCAAAUCCUGUCCCAGCCCGCGCAUAGCCUGACCUUCGACGAUGCCAUCCGCGAGCUGGCCACCAACUCCGACGACGGCCUCUCCACCAGCGAGGUCAAGCGCCGCCUCGAGAAAUAUGGCGAGAACAUGCUGGAGGGAGACGAAGCCGUUUCUUUUGCAAAAAUUGUUAUUCGACAGAUUGCUAAUGCCAUGAUGCUGGUUCUGAUUAUCGCUAUGGCUGUCAGUUUCGGGAUCCAGUCCUGGAUCGAAGGUGGUUUCAUUGCGGCUGUGAUUCUUCUGAAUAUUGUUGUCGGAGUAUACCAGGACUUUGCGGCUGAAAAGACGAUGGAUUCGCUGCGGUCUCUUAGCUCGCCUACUGGCGUGGUGUCUCGCGACGGCAAGACUACGACCAUCCCGGCGAACGAGAUUGUGCCCGGUGAUAUGGUUGAAUUGAAAGUGGGCGAUACAGUUCCUGCUGAUCUACGAUUGGUUGAAGCCUUCAACUUCGAGACUGAUGAGGCCCUCUUGACAGGCGAGUCCCUCCCCGUGCAAAAAGAGGCCGAGGCAGUCUUCGAUGCCGACACUGGCCCGGGCGACCGCUUGAACAUCGCAUACAGCUCGUCGACAGUCACCCGAGGACGGGCCCGGGGUGUUGUAGUUGGCACGGGUAUGCAGACCGAGAUCGGUGCCAUUGCUACAGCCCUACGCGGAGGCGACUCCAAGCGUCGCCCCGUCAAGCGCGGACCUGAAGGCGAGACGAAGAAACGCUGGUAUAUUCAAGCGUGGACGCUGACCACCACCGAUGCGAUUGGCCGAUUUCUCGGCAUCAAUGUCGGCACACCCCUGCAACGCAAACUCUCUAAGCUGGCGUUGGCACUGUUCGGGAUCGCCGUGGUCUUUGCCAUCGUGGUCGCGGCUGCUAACAGUUUCCACGGAGACACCGAAGUGAUUAUCUAUGCCGUCGCCACUGGCCUGGCUAUGAUCCCAGCUUGUUUGGUGGUUGUGCUGACCAUCACCAUGGCGGUGGGAACUAGGCAGAUGGUGCAACGAAAUGUGAUUGUUCGCAAGCUGGACUCCCUCGAAGCCCUGGGUGCUGUUACGAACAUUUGCUCUGACAAGACCGGUACGCUCACCCAGGGGCGCAUGGUUGCAAAGAGGGCCUGGAUCCCCUCCGUCGGAACCUACUCUGUCGGGUCAUCGAGCGACCCCUUGAACCCCCAAGAGGGCGACCUGAGUUUGAUGGCCGAGCGUCCGCUCCAGCUGGGAGCGGAAACAACCGGCGACCCAGCACAGCCAGAGGACCUGUUGAAAGACAACGAGAAGCUCGAGGCGUUCCUCAACGUCGCCGCCAUGGCCAACCUGGCCCAUCUCCACAAGAGCUCCACCGGCGAAUGGCAGGCUCGUGGUGAGCCAACAGAUAUUGCCAUCCAGGUGUUUGCGUCUCGCUUCAACUGGGGAUUGGACCGAUGGACCAAAGGCGAGAAGCCGAUCUGGCAGCAAAAGGCCGAGUACCCAUUCGACUCGAGCGUGAAGAAGAUGUCAGUUAUCUUCGCCAAGCGUGAUGAAAGCUCCGAGAAGACUCCUCAAAGAAUCUUUACCAAAGGCGCCGUCGAGCGAGUCCUCGAGGCAUGCACGACGGUCAGCUGGAAACCCGAUUCUGCCCCGGUCCCUCUGGAUGAUGACAUCCGAGACGAUAUCCUGCAGAACAUGGAGGCACUGGCCAAGGAGGGUCUGCGAGUACUUGCUCUGGCCGGCCGGGAGAACAUUGGAACCAAAGAAGGCGAAGAGCCUUUGCCGCGUGAAGAAGUUGAGAAGGACCUGGUAUUCUUCGGGCUGAUCGGGCUGUACGACCCUCCCCGGCCCGAAACUGCAGGUGCGAUCAGCCAGUGCUACAAGGCCGGCAUCUCAGUCCACAUGGUUACUGGCGACCACCCGGGGACUGCUCGGGCAAUCGCAGCGCAAGUCGGGAUCAUCCCGUCCAACAUGGACAUGAUUGCCAAGGACGUGGCAGACGCAAUGGUCAUGACAGCCGGGCAGUUCGACAAACUGACCGAAGACGAGAUCGACAACCUGCCAACUCUGCCCCUGGUCAUUGCCCGGUGUGCACCGAACACCAAGGUCCGCAUGAUCGAAGCCCUGCACCGCCGGGGCCGCUAUGUCGCCAUGACAGGCGACGGCGUCAACGACUCGCCUUCGCUGAAACAUGCAGAUGUCGGUAUUGCCAUGGGCCAGAACGGUUCCGAUGUGGCCAAGGAUGCGUCCGAGCUGGUGCUGACCGAUGACAACUUUGCUUCCAUCAUCAACGGCAUCGAGGAGGGCCGCCGCAUCUUCGACAACAUCCAGAAGUUUGUGCUGCAUCUGCUGGCGGAGAACGUGGCGCUCGCUUUGACUCUGCUGAUUGGGCUGGUGUUCAAGGACGAGAGUGACAUGUCCGUGUUCCCCAUUGCCCCGGUGGAGAUCAUCUGGAUUAUCAUGAUCACAUCGGGUCUCCCUGAUAUGGGCCUGGGAAUGGAGACUGCAGCCCCAGAAGUGAUGGACCGGCCACCGCAAAGCAAACAAGGUAUUUUCACCUGGGAAAUCAUUAUAGAUACUCUGGUAUACGGCGUGUGGAUGGCAGCACUCUGCCUAUCAGCCUUCGCCCUGGUCAUGUUCCGCUGGGGCGACGGCAACCUGUCACGAGGCUGCAACACCGAAUACAAUAACCCAUCCAACAGCUACAACUGCGAUACGGUCUUCCGGGCGCGCGCCACAACCUUCACCUGCAUGACCUGGUUCGCGCUCUUCCUCGCAUGGGAGAUGAUCAACUUGCGCCGCAGCUUCUUCCGCAUGCAGCCCGACUCCAAGCGCUACCUGACGCAGUGGAUGCACGAUGUGUGGAGCAACCGCUUCCUUUUCUGGGGCAUCAUGGCCGGUUUCAUCCUCGCCUUCCCGAUUUUGUAUAUCCCCGUCAUCAACCAGAAGGUGUUCAAGCACACCAGCAUCUCGUGGGAAUGGGGCAUUGUCUUUGUCGAGACAGUGCUCUUCUUCCUGGGUAUUGAGGUGUGGAAGUGGUGCAAGCGCGUCUAUUUCCGUCGUCAGGCUAGGAAGAAUGCGGCCCGUGAGGGUGAUCGUGGUGCCGAGCGCCGCGGUCUGAGGGAUUUCAGUCGCUAUACUACCAUGGACCGGUCUGACACCCAGGCCAGUGAUAUGAAAGUAGAGCAGUCCAUGGUUUGA